GAGGUCUGCCCCAUUUGCAUGCCAAUAAUCGCAAGAAAGAGAACAGCAGAGGUUUCCAAACGCUGACAUUCCUUGUCUGUUGAGCAGUGGAUGGACAUCCAGACCUCAGACAUUACAGAAAGGUGAGGGCACUUUUUAUUUUUUAGGUAGGGAUAUUUUACAUUUUUUUCCUUUGAAGAUUAAGAAUAUUUAAGCUUUUUUUAUUCUAAAGGUUACUUUUUUGAAAGAGUCUUUCUUAAGGUAAGGGUUUUGCUUAUUUAGUUGGGACAGGAUUUGUAUGUGCAGGUGGGAGGAAUUGGGAAACCUACUGUGAAAAGUUUUGAGCUCCAGACCCUUUACUUUCUGUAUUUUGGGGAAUUUUAAUGCAGAAUCUUACCAGUAUCUUAUCUCAUUUAACUGUUUGGUAUUUACUGCACAGAAAUAUAUUAUUAUGAUCAAGCACCAAUUAAAGUAACAUCAAACACAUAAUCCGAUGCUAUAGAGAAAAGAAAAAGUUUACCCUCUUAAAUAUCAUACAUUUUCAGGGAUUGUGCAUUUUUUAAGAACAAUUUUUUUCUUUUGAGGUGAGUUUGUCUACAAUUUGGUAAGGUGUCUCUUACGAUUAACCUGCAGCAGUUAUACUGUUUUGUUUUGGGUUUUUUUAGAGAUUUAAUUUCAUACGUUUCUUUACACUCAUUUUAAGCCAAUAUGUGUUAUUUGAAAUGACUUUUUGACAAGCCACACCCAAGUUUUGAUAUUUUCUGCGCCUACAUUUGUUUAGACAAGCAUGGUUUACUACUUAUGCAGUUUAAAGUGAUGCAAAUGGCAGAUUAAAAAUGUCUCCGCUGGAUUUUGUUCCUUUUUGUGUUACUGAAUACAGUCAGAAACUAAUUUUUGUCACAUGGUUGAAAUUUAUUGCCAAGUGAUUUUAUGAGCCGUGAAGCAAACUCUUUCCCUGAGGUCUCAAAUGGCAUGAAUGUUAAGGUGCCUGAGCGAUUCCUCUAUGUUUGUUUUUUCAACUUAACCCCUCCAUCAUGCGUACGUGCUCCAAUGUGCACUCUCUCACAAAUACACAAACAUUUUCACGCAACUAAAAGCUAAAUAUAUUGUAGUCAUUCAUGCGAUCUAGCAUUAGGCAAUAAAUAUACAGCCUAUCUUUCUCUGAUUUCCUACUGAAGUUGCUUCCUUUGUUGAGAAACCUGAACCGAUGUCAAUUAUCUCUCUUUUUUGCAGAUGACGACCUCCAAUAAAACAUUGUUCUUCGCCAAGUUAGCCGCCUUGGGCCUCCUCUGCUCUGUUGUUGCAUUCUGCCUGUUUUUUGAGCCUCCAUCUGAUGUUUGCCAGCCUGUUUUAGCCAAUGUUGAACAUUAUGAGACUGUGAAUCCUAAUGAAAAGCCUAUACUCCUGCUGUGGUUCUGGCCUCUUGGUGUGAAGUUUGAUCUUAAAGCUUGCUCCAUCCACUACAACAUCGAUGGCUGUGUUUUGACAGAUAACAGAGCACUCUACAGCAAAGCUCAAGGAGUCGUCUUCUACCAUAAAAACAUAGCCUAUAACAUGAACAACAUGCCCAAAGGUCCCCGUCCAUCUUUUCAGAAGUGGAUCUGGUUCAAUGUGGAAUCUCCGACAAAUACAGGGGGCAAAUUAAGAAUGGACAACGUGUUCAACUUAACGUUGAGCUACAGAAGAGACGCCAGCAUCACAGUGAGGAACGAGCUCACCAUCAGGGAAACGGAGAGUGAAGAGGAUUUCAUUCCACCUAAAAAGACCAGACUGGUUUGUUGGAUCGUCAGCAACAAAAACCAUAGAACCGGGACAAUUGUGAGAGAAAGGUACUACACAGCGCUGUCCAAACACAUAAAGAUCGAUCUUUUUGGUAUUGCUCACACUGGGCACAGGCUGAGCUAUGAAGAAUAUUACCCAACCAUUGGGAGCUGUAAGUUUUAUCUGUCUUUUGAGAACUCCAUUCACAGAGACUACAUUACUGAGAAGGUGAACGGGCCCCUUGUGGCAGGGACUGUCCCUGUGGUUUUGGGUCCUCCACGAUCAAACUAUGAGCAGUUCCUUCCCUCUGAUGCUUUUAUUCAUGUCAAUGACUUCCCAAACCCAAAGGCGCUGGCGGAGUUUCUUCUCGCUUUGGACAAGAAUGAAACAGCGUACAGGCGUUACUUUGAGUGGAGGAAGCACUUCUCUGUGACUCCUCAUCUCCUGUCAAUCAAGAAUGAGUUCAUUCAGCCCAUCUGCCUCGCCUGUGACCACAUCUCCAGAGACAAAGAUUAUCAUAUUGUCCAUAACCUUUUCAAGUGGUAUAGGUCAUAGAAAUCAAAUCAGUUGUUUAAGCUUUCUUUGAGAAAUUUACCUAAACUGUGUCAUAUAUUUGAAAAGUGAGCAUAUAAAUAGUGUUGUGCAUGUUCACACUAAAAUGAUCUGUAUCAAGAAGCUGCAGCCAGCUGAUGAUCAACCUAUUAUUUGUUUAUAUUGAUGCUGGGGCAGGAGAGGGUUGCUGAUGGGUGAUUCAAACUGGCUUAAUCGGAGAAAGUGGCACUCUACCAUGAUGCACAUCCUUUACAAGUUGUCUAUCUUAUACCUGUUUAUUACAUCUUUUACUGUAGUCCCUCGAGUUCAUUAACAGAUCCCCCAGUUUAGCAUGGAUCCACAUGUUCCAGAGCUAAAAAAAAAAACUUGAGGUGGAACGCUAAUAAGCAGGGGUGUGUCCAGAACUUUUAGACUGUGGUGGCCCUGCCCUGGUAGUGACACUGCUGGGGUGGCAUGAAGUAUGUGAGCUCACACAACACUAAACAUGAUUUACUAUUGCAUCUGUGCUGUAACACUGG